GCGGAAGGACGCUGAUCCGGCACGUGCCCAUGGAGGCCGGCGGGUCCCGCCGCCUCAGCCCGGCGGAGCAGCCGGAGGGUUGCCAGGCCCCGCGGAGCCCCCGCGGGCAGAAGUAUUUCCUCCCCGACGGCUCGGCCGGGCAGGCCGAGAGGCUGCGGCGCUGCGGCGAGGAGCAGUGGCGGCUGCUCUGCGAGGAGCGCCCGGAGCGGCCGGGGAAUCUGGUGAAGGCUGAGUGGAAACCAGAGCAGGGCAUCGUGGAGCUGAAGUCCCCUGCGGGAAAGUUCUGGCACACCAUGGGGUUCUCAGAACGAGGCAAACAAUGUCUGCUGCCCGAGGAAGCUCUGUACCUGCUGGAGUGUGGCUCUGUCCAGCUCUUUUACAGAGAUGUGCCCCUGUCAAUCCAGGAAGCCUACGAGACCCUGUUGUGCCAGGAGGCAAUGAGCCUGUCACAUUACCAGGUGUUCAGCCAUUUGAAGCAACUGGGUUAUAUUGUACUGAGAUUUGACCCCAGCACUGUCCUGUCUCCCUAUGAGAGGCAGCUGAACUUGGAAGGUCACUGCAAGAGCUCUGGGAAACAGCACUGCAAGAGGAGGAGGAGGAGUUCCAGCCCCCGGUUACAUGAGAAGAAACAUAAAAUAUGUGAGGACCUUCCAGAAGGUGAAGGGACCUCCAGCAAAGAUGGAGAUGACUAUGGAGACUCCAUUCCUGUGGAUGAAAAGCCCUUGUCAGUGCAGCCAAAGGAACCAGAUGCUGUCAGUGCAGAGGGGGAGUCAAUGCCAGUUCCUCUUGAUACAGGACAAAAGGACUCUCUGAGCUUCUCCAGCAGGCAGGCUGGAGACCACAAGGAGAACAGCACUGGCACCCAUGCACCCCGCUGGGAUUUUACCACCAUCACCUUUCCCAACAUGGCCUCAGACCAGCCCUGCACACACCUGCCCUCCCCUGACAGCAGGCUCCUGCCAGAGAACGUGCCAGGCAGGGAGGUGGAUGCAGCUUCCUGGUGCACACAGAUCAACCAGAAACAGGAGAAGCUGUCGCGGAAGGAGAGGAGGCAGCGCGAGAGGGAGAGCAGGUACAGGAGCAGUGUCAAUGCCGACCAGGAGGUGAGGUGCUGCUCCAACUGGCAGGAGUACAAAGCCCUCUUGGAGCAGAGGAGGCAGCAGAGGGCUUGGAAGCGACCCUCCCACCUCUGGAACCAAGCUGUCACACCACUGCUGCGGCCAGAAGAGGUGACCUCACCAGCUGAGCUCCUCGAGCAGAUCAGUGUGCUGCAGCCCUCCCACAUCCUGGAUGGAGCCUCCUGGCUGCAGGAGGACCCAGAGGCCAUGAAGAUAGACUUCAACGUGUACCAAGCAGAUGCUGUGUCCAAGUUUAAGAAGACAAAGCCUGGGAAGCCCCAUGUCAGGAUGUGUGUUCGGAGCUUUGAUGAGCAGAUCCCCUCCCUGCGGGCUUUGAAGCAGGUGACGUAUCUGAGUGGGGACGUCCCUCUGGUCUUUGCACUGGUGGAUCAUGGAGAAAUCACCUUCUAUUCACUGAAGGAGUUCAAGCUGCCCAUUGAUGUUUAUCACUGAAGCUGCUGUCACUUGCAGAAAUGGAAUGGAAUAAAGGGAACAGUUUUACUCAGGAGUUGUUUUCCUGAUUAAUGAAAUAUUACAGAAAACAGAGCCUGUGAUAACUGGAACCUUGGGAAGUUGGCCACUUUACUGGCUUCACACACCCAGACGGCUCAGGCACAAC